GCCUGCUAAAGUCUACAAACACACACUUCUAAAUGUUGUCAUGCGUAGUUGCUCGCGAUGGGAGGUAAAACUCAGAUUAGACUGUAGUUAAUACAUGAAAGUAAUGAAAUCAAUGAUGUAAACCACUAAAUAGUUUGUUUUAUAUCUUGAAAACGACAGUCAAGAAGAAACGUUGAGGUAGGUGGAUAGAGGCCCAGGAAAAGUAUAAAACAAGAUAUAUUGGCUUUGCAAAUUAAUGCUUCCGAGGGAUUCACAAAUCACAGUUCCAAGAUGUUCGUCUACGUUAUAAGUUCAUCCUUCAUCGUGUCACUUGUGGCAGUCUGUUGUCAGACCCGUAGGAUCCAUCUGCACGAGGCCCGUGUUGUAGGAGAAGAAAAAUAUGAUCUUCUCUCCAAGCACAAAAGACAGGUUUCUUGCGCAGACAGGUACGCCAAGAUAACUACUGGACACUCGGCUUGUCUGCCGAGGAAUAAUAGCGGUGUAGAGCCUGGCAAUCAGCAGUUGAUUCUGGACGCCCACAACGCUGCUCGGCGUGACGUCACACCCACGGCCUCCAACAUGCAAUUGAUGACUUGGGACGAGUCUUUAGCAAAUAUUGCCCAGAGAUGGGCGAAAAACUGUCAUGUCGCUCAUGAAAAGCCCUCAUACAAGAGAUGCGAUUUUGGGCGCUUUUCAGUGGGUCAGAACUUAGCAUAUGGCUAUGCCAGCUGGACGGAUGCAAUCGGAGGAUGGGCAAAUGAGAAGAAGGACUUCAUCUACGGUGGCAACAAUACAAACAAAGUUGUGGGGCAUUAUACUCAGAUGGUGUGGGCACAUUCAUCAAAAGUUGGCUGUGGAUAUGCCGUCUGUAAUGGUUGGCCUUAUUAUGUGUGCAACUAUGGCCCAGCUGGUAAUUAUAUGGGAGUACAGCCGUAUGCAAACGGUGGAAAAUGUGCCGAGUGUCCCGAUCGCUGUACAAAUGGACUGUGUGAUUGUGGCGGGUUGGUGUGUCUAAACGGAGGUGUUCUGGACUUGAAGGAAUGCAAAUGUAACUGCAAAAAAACAUUUCACAUGCAACCGAAUUGUGCACUGAAAUGCGAGGGCGCCGUUGAUAGUGUCCACUGCCAAGAUUUUUACUUCGGAAAAUGCGAGGUUUGGACCAACGUACCAGUUGAGUGUCCCAAAAUGUGCAACUGGUGCCCAUACGCGGACGCGCAAUUCCUCAAGUAACCUAGAUCGAUCAGCUUUAUCUCUCAACGGAUCAUGGAAGCCUUUGAACAAAGUGCUUAUUUAUUGAUGCAUUAUAAAUUCGCAUGUACAAUUCAUCGUUUUCUUUCGGUUGGACAAUUGUAAAUUAUGUUAUAUAUUCAUGUGUGCAUGCAUUGGCUGUUAUUUAAAUGUGUUUCUUCGUUUACUUAACUUUAACGCAUUUAAUAGUUUAUUGCUUUACGUUGAUUCCUAUCGUUAAGAUAUUGUUGCGAAUUUGAUUUUUGACAUGUUGUCAACUACUUCAACUUGCUGUAUUGACCAACAUAGAAACAUUUAUUUUUAAGGAGUCAAGUUAUUCUAGUAUCAUAUACGUAUGCAUGUUUAUAGUGUAUCGAAAAGUAAGAUUUUGUUUAUUUCUUUAAUUUUGAAUACAUAUACAGCAGC